CCCCCCAAAUCUGCUUGUCGCCACCUUUCCCUCCUUCCUCUGCCUCUUCCAUCCCCAAAUCCUUUCGCCGACGUUCGGUUCACCGCCGUGAAAGUCCACCGUCGACCGGCGGAAAAGAGCCACCGAGGAAUUUCUUUGAAAGGCCUUCGAACUAUCUUCUCAAAAGUGUCUCCUCCUUUCGUUUUCCAAACUAGGGUUUGGUUUUCAGAUUUGUAUCAUCGUAGCUGCAUGUCUUCGGCCCUUCGUUACAACCUAGGGAAACAUAUUGACGUCGUUCUCUAACCUUCUUUUAUCAAGGUGUUGGGUUUGCAAGUUCACACCAUGGAUUACAACGAUAGCAGUGGUACAGAUGAUGACCUCCCUCCUCAACGUCGCAACAGAUUCCCUCAGGGAGGUCGAACUAUUGGAAAUUCAAUAUCUGGAAUCCAAGGAAGUGCUAGAUAUCCGCAGAUGCAUAGUGAGAUGGAGAGCCAGAUCCACAUUAUAGAACAAGAGGCUUAUAUUUCAAUCCUGCGGGCAUUUAAAGCUCAAUCUGACGCUAUUACAUGGGAGAAAGAAAGCUUAAUCACGGAACUUAGGAAAGAACUUAGAGUGUCGGAUGAAGAGCAUAGACAUCUCCUAUCCAAGGUUAAUGGUGAUGACACCAUCGGAAGGAUAAGAGAAUGGAGGAAAACUGGUGGAGUUCGCAGUAGUGCCCAACAGCAGCCUGUACAUGAUCCUGUCCCAAGCCCGACUGUUUCUGCCUCACAUAAGAAACAAAAGACAUCACAAUCAGUAGUAGUAGCUUCUAUGCCACUCGAUGCUCCAAUACCAACAUUUCGUAAAUCCAUGCCACCAUCUUUGGCGUUGAAACAAGGCCCUGGUUCAACUCCCAGGGGCAAGAAAUCAAAAUCAAUACCAGAAGACAUUAUGUGGGAUGUUGAGAAUCGGGGUAUUAUUUCCAACCAAUCUGGUGGCACUGCUCCUGGCCAUGGAUCUAAGAAGUCCUCGUAUGUUGGGACAACAAAAGGCCCAACCAAGAAGAAACAGUUUUUUUCAUCAGGAAACCCUGAGAAGAGCUCGUUGACUGACAUUGAAUUGCUUCAUACAGAUACUCUUAUUAAGCAGGUGGAGAAGGUUUUCAGUGCAAGCCAACCAAAUCCAGCAGACAUAGAGAAAGCAAGAAAAGCCCUUAAAGAGCAUGAAGAAGCCCUGAUCAACGCCAUUGCACGACUUGAAGAUGCAUCCGAUGGAGAAAGUGGUCAAAGAGAGAAGAAAAUUUGUGGAUUAAAUGAAGAGACAGAUGAAGGUAGAGGAAAUGAAGAAGGUUCUGAUGGCAAUCAUCAAGCAACCAAAGCUGGAAUAGUAGGAACAGGAAAUGGUCAUGACAACCAUUAAUUAUUUCAGUGUUUAGUUAAUAACUUAUUUAAGAACAUGUUUGUUAGUUUGAUACAAACACAGAUCUAGUAUUUGUCAUGUUUUUUUUUAUUAUUAUUAUUAUUCUAACAUAGAGAGGCUGUGAGAAUGUUUGGAAACAUGUAAAAAAGUUUAUUGUAAAUUAGUAAUUCUAAAUUUAUAAUGCACAUUUUUAGUGAUCCUUUCU